UGUUGAUUUAAAAUUAAGCUUUAUACGAAACUAAUGGAGGAGAAAGAUUUGGUAUUGUGAAAGAGAUGUAAAAUAUUCAAGCCAUCAAACAACAUAUGAUAUUCAGAAACAGUAAAUUCUAGAUAUGGCCGUCACUACUCUCAAACAAAACGCUACAAAUGAACUACAAUAUCGUCGGUAUGUGGAAUGAAUUACGAUCAAGAUGAGAAAAAACUAGAAAUUGAGAUUAAGCAUGUACUAAACUUAGAAAAGUUGAGAAGAGAAGUUGGAAAAGAAGGAAUCUCAAUCCUUAAGAAGUUUGUAGAAUGCCCAAUCUGCUUACAAAUUCCGAACCUUGAAAGAGCUGUAAAAAUAUGCUGUUGAAAUAAGAUCUGGUGCCUUGAUUGAAUUCUCGAAAGUAUGAAAAACAACCCAUUAUGCCCUCUUUGAAGAGGAGAAAUAUCUACUGAAUUUUUCUCAAAAGUAGAGAUGGCAAAUUUCAUUGUUGAAGCUUUCCAAAGUGAACCUGGUGAAGUCUGAAGCCUUAAAUGAAAAGACCAUAGCAAGCAACUAACCUGCUUUUGUAAUCACUGAGAUUGAUUUAUUUGACUUAGAUGAAUCAUUGAGCAACAUAAUGGACAUGAUAUAAUCGAGAUCGAGGCCAAAUAUCCAAUCGUGACCAAGAAAAUACAAGAAGAAGCUCAAAGCUUGAAAAGAAACCUUGGAAUUGCUGAUGAUCUUCAUAAUGACAUCUUCGAUAAAUGAGAAAAAGAGAAAGAGUUGUUGAUAUCUGGACUAGAGCCUUUAUUGUCUUUGAUAACAGAAAAAUUUCAAAAUUACCAUCAAAAGUCAUGGGGAUGGUUUAUACAUUACAUUCCAAGCUUAGAUAGAAUCAAAGAGUACCAAAAUACUAAGAGUAAGCCUAAUAAAGACCUGGUAGCUCAGGGUUUAAUGAGCAAUGUCUUAAGACUGUACAGUAGUCAGAAAGAAUUAGAGAAACUGAACAUGGCACUUAGUGAAUAUCAGGAGAACUUCAAACUGUUGUCAGAGAGCUCUCCAUUUGACGUUGAAAAAUAUUCAUUUGAAUUUAAAAUGGAUAAACCUAUAGAAAACAUUACAGUUGAUGAAGCUUGUAAAGGAAUUUCCUGAACAUUUUGAAUUGAAGAAGAAACAGUUACAAUUAAAAUCCAGGAAACCAAGAUCAAGGAAGAAGCUAAAAGCACCAAGACAAUGAAAUAACAAAGAAGCAAGGAGCAGAAAGAAGAAGAUAAUGAAGAAAGCGAACAAGAAAUAGAAAAUGAAGCAGAACAAGACGAAGAUGAAUUAGAAAACGAAUAUACCAAAUAGUAGAAGUGAAGGAAGAAAAGGAAGAAAAGGAAGAAAAGGAAGAAAAGGAACUAAAAUUAAAAGAAGAGCUGAAAGAAGAAGCUCAGAAUAAGGAAGAAGAAAUAAUAAAAAUAAAUCAAGAUACUAAUCAAAAUAUCCAUAUACCAAUGCAUUACCUUCUCUUCCAAGGAAAUGAGUUUGAUUUAUUUGGAACUCUAAAAGACCCAAUCACCGCGCAUACCUUCCUCGGCCCCAUAUCUCUCUCAGCCCCUCUCUGCCUUCCCUUGGCCUCCGUGCUCCCCGAUCCCUUACCUUCAUCCUUCACCAUCAAAAUCCUUUUGUACGAAUACUCAGCUGAACUAGGAAGUUACCUAUCUUCUUCAUUGAACGGAGUGGCAGAGUCAAUGCAGGAAUGACUGAAGAAGACGACAGAGAAAUUGGAAAUGCUUGAUAAAGUUCAUUUUAGUGUAUAAUAAUGGGGAUAAAAGGGUUUCAAUAUUUUAGAAGGUGUCU